AUGGCUGUGUUCGUCGACUUAGACGACGACGACGUCGAUCCUCCCCCGCAACCCGGCCUCUUCAAGCCCAUCUGGAAUGGCACACUCAACGGCCACAACAAUGCGACGGCGCCGUCUGCCCUGGAGAAGGACAAGGACGAUCGCAAGGAGGCUCACGAGUUCGCCGUCAGAGAGAACCUAAACCAGAACUCGACGACGGAGGCUUUGGGAUGCUAUCCUAUCGUCAUGGCCAUCGCCGCAGACAUCGACCUCAACACGCUCGACAACCUGUCCCGCACCUGCCGCCAGGUCCGUGCCGGGCUGCUGCAGUACCGCAGCAUGCUGAUCAAGUCGACCCUGCACUGCUCCAACGAGGACCUGCCCGUCGACCCCGAGGAGACGCUGCGCUACAGGGCUAGGGCUGGCAAUUGGUUCUACAUGGAGGACACGACGCGGGCCGGCAGCUACAGCGGCAAGGCGGGCCAGUGUGCGCGGGACAAGGUGUCAGAGUGUCGGAGAUGCGGAACAGUCGUCUGCAGAACGAGAUGCAACGAGCGAUAUGCACGUGCCAGAGCGAAGGGGUCUGGCUCUGCCAACCCUGUGGAAGGGGCAUUCGUGGCCAUGAUGCAGAUUACCAGGGGGUUUGGAAAUGGCGAAAUCAGUACGGUGAAGUCCUCGGCGGACUAG